CUGUAAACGCGGAAGAAACAAUGGACACUUCGUAGCGGAGACUGAAAUGCUUGAGUAAGGGAGGACCGUCCGUUACCAUGCCUUCCAAGCCAGAGUCCAGUCCGGUGGCCUUACCUCGCUGGGAGAUUGCCCUCUACUGGGUGCUCUCUCUCGCCUCCCAUCUGUACUCUUUUUACGAGCUGCACAGAUUCUCCAAAGAACAUGAACGUGGACUGGACAGAGAGCUCCCGCUGGAGAAAGGCUUCAUUGGGGGCCUGAGGAGGGAUGCUGCGGACUUCGAGUGGAGCUUUUGGGGUGACUGGGCCAGGCGGUCCUUGCUCUGGUCUCUGCUUGGCCAUGCUGUCCUGUCCAGGCUUGCUAGCGUUUAUCUACCUCAGUGGCAUCUUGCUAUACUCACAGGUUACGGAGUGCUGGCUGCCUGCAACCUGCUGGGGCUUAGAGGUGUGGCCGUCUUGAUGUUGCAGCUGAGCCUCUCAUUGGCUGUUGCUCAGCUACAUAACCCCGCCCUGUGCUGGGGCUCCUCCCUCCUGCUGCUCUCCACCAUUCACAUCAGUAGUCUGCAAGACGUCCAGCGUGGCUGGUAUGAGUCGGAGGAGCAGUACUACCUCCUUAUCUUCAGCGUGGCCGUGUGUGGCCUCCGCUGCAUCAGCUUCAGCCUGGAGUUCUGCUGGAGUGACCAGUGCUGCCCCCUGACGGCAGGAGGACCACAGUGCGCCAGUGUCCCCAGGGCCUUCCUCUCCCAGCUGUACAGGCUGUCAGCCUACUGCUUCUACCACCCUGUCUUCUACAAUGGGCCCAUCAUCACAUACAGGGACUUUAGCAAACAGAUGCUGAGGCCCUGUGUGGGUGUGUGUGGCGUGUCGGCGGUGUGUGUGCUGAAGAGUGCUGUGCGCUUGUGUGUGUGGUGGUGUGUGGCCGAGACCCUGAUCCACUGCAUGCACAUGCACAGCAUCCAGGGCAACGAGACCUACCUGGAGAUCCUGCCACCAUGGGCUCUCGGAGGCUUGGCUCUGGGCCUGGUGCAGUUCUUCUAUGUGAAGUACCUGGUGCUGUUUGGGCUUCCGUCUCUGCUGGUGCGAAUGGACGGAGUGGAACCGCCACAACUGCCCCGCUGUGUCAGCAUCAUGUACAGCUUCACCGGGAUGUGGAGACACUUUGAUGUGGGACUCUACAGGUGGCUCAUCAGGUACAUCUACGUGCCUCUUGGCGGUUCUCGGCAUGGCGUGUUGCGGAAGGUGGUGUCCACAGCACUGGCGUUUGGCUUUGUGUGCUUCUGGCACGGUGGCCAUGACUACCUGCAGCAGUGGGCCCUGCUCAACUGGGCUGGCAUCCUGCUGGAGACCACACUGGGCACGCUCCUCACUGCCCCUCCGCUCCGCGACCUCAUCGAAUGUGUUCUGUCUCCGCCCAUGAGGAGGCGGGGCCUGGCCUUUAUCUCCGCCUUCUCCACGGGCCUCCUCAUCUUGUCCAAUCUGAUCUUCCUGGGCGGAGACCAUGUUGGGAGAAUCUUCUGGAAGAGGGUGUUUGUGCAAGGGUGGUCCAACAUCGCCAUCCCCAUGCUGGGCUUCCUCUACUGCUUCGCUCAGGUGGGACUGGAGUGGGACCACAAAGCCCGGUGACAUCACACUCUCAUCAUGCACCACAAGGCCCGGUGACAUCACUCCCAUCAUGCACCACAAGGUCCGGUGACAUCACUCCCAUCAUGCACCACAAGGCCUCAUGACAUCACACUUCCAUCAUGUCCCAGUGACCAGGCUGGAGUGGCACCGCAAGGUCCGGUGACAUCGGACUCCCAUCAUGCCUCAGUGACCAGGCCGUGACGGAGCUGACGUCAGUCGUCACCAAAACACCCAACUGCUCCUCCGCAGGAUGAAGCUGAAAGCCUAUUUUAAAACCAAACUCUUUGAAAUGUAUGAAUUCCAUAUGCUUGUCCUGACUUUUAUGUGCAUGACUGUUCCCGCCCGCACGUCUUUCAUGCCAACUGCAUAUUAGAUGAUGAUGAUGAUGUCUGUCUGUAUGUUCGUGACUGAUUUGGAAUCAGACCCCCCCCCCCCCCCCCCCCCCACACACACACACACACACACACACACACACACACACACACACUUUGCCUCCCUCUUCUGUGUGUUGUCCUGUCACCUCUGUUUGAUUAGCGUCCAGGUUAGCCUCACCUGUUGGGCUGCCCUUCCAAUCCACACACACACACACACACACACACACACACAGACACACACACACACACACUUUGCCUCCCUCUUCUGUGUGUUGUCCUGUCACCUCUGUUUGAUUAGCGUCCAGGUUAGCCUCACCUGUUGGGCUGCCCUUCCAAUCCACACACACACACACACACAGACACACACACACACACACACACUUCUCUGUUUGAUUAGCGUCCAGGUUAGCCUCGCCUGUUAGGCUACCCUCCUAAUCCACACACACACACACACACACACACUCCUCUGUUUGAUUAGCGUCCAGGUUAGCCUCGCCUGUUAGGCUACCCUCCCAAUUCUCCUGUCCAUCUCUGUCUCGUGGCGCUAGCAGUGUGAGCGGAUCUGUGACCGUAAUCUGAUUAGCGGCUGGCUUGGAGCCCAAAUCCCCCUUCAUUAGGCAGACUUAGACGCGCAAAGCCCCCCGCAAAGAAUACACCUUCAGCCUUAGCACACUUUAAAUAGCUUAUGAUAAGAGCACACUGUACACACACACACACACACACAUUCACACACACACACACUUUAAAUAGCUUAUGAUAAGAGCACAACCCUAUUAGCUCGGGAUUAGCGAUAUCAAAAUAAUUUCAUCAUGCGUAAUGGAAACUUCUGUU